UCACCUCGUUGCAGCAUCGUGUACGCACUUCGCACUGUUCAUUGUCAGACUGUCAUUCUUCACGUGUAAAUAUAAGUGUUUGGCUUGCUUAAAAUUUUUAGUGAAACAUCAAUAGUUAACCCAUAUGCCCUCGUUAUUAAUGCUCAAUUCCCUUGGCGUGAAACCCUUCAAAAACAAUUAUUUUCUUCGUGAACUUUCAUUGUCAACUCGUCUAAAUUAAUGGGAUUCACGUCAACAAUUCGCAGUGCAUUUAUAGGUUUACCAAUUGGCUUUUUGUUCUUCAGUCAAGUUGGUUACGUUGCACGGGUCGAGGGUGUCUCAAUGCAACCGGCCUUGAAUCCCGACAUUCAACAAGAAGAUUAUGUGUUCUUAAAUCGUUGGGUAGUUCGAGAUAAAAAUAUAAAACGCGGAGAUAUUGUGACGUUUAAAUCACCUAAGUAUCCGCACCAAAAACUCAUAAAACGCGUUAUCGGUCUUUCUGGUGAUGUUAUCCAUACCCUUGGUUACAGAAAAAACGUACUUGAGAUACCAGAAAGUCAAUGCUGGGUUGAAGGUGAUCAUACUGGACAUUCUAUGGACUCCAAUACUUUUGGACCAAUACCACUUGAUAACAUAACUGCCAAAGCUACGUUUAUUGUGUGGCCACCGGGUAGAUGGCAAAACUUAGAUAACAAUUACGUGCCUGAUAACCGCUUACCAUUAAAUGAAAUACACGUUAUAGCAGCAUAGUUAAAUAUAUUUUCUUACAAUC